AUGGCCAAGUCCAACGACAAGUUCUACAAGACCGUCGUCUUCGCGGAAGACAUGACCGACGUCAUGCUGGAAAAGGUUGUGGCGACGGCCAAGGAUGCGUUCCAGCUCCAAGUGGCGUCUGGCAAGACGUUUUCAACAAUUGCCGAGUUUGUUCGCAGGAACAUGGAGAAAGAAUACGGCCGUGGAUGGAAUUGUGUCGUCGGGCUCUCCUUUGGGGCUUACGUGACGCACGAGAUCAAGACAUACGUGUACUUCAGCGUCGCAUCCGGCGUAUCCGUCUUGGUCUGGAAAACGUAGACGAUGACUUCGGCGACAUCGAACCCCCUCCAUCUAGCCUAGACCACCUCCCCCUGCCUGUAAACCAGCACCAUAUGCAAG